UCAUACACAGAAUCUUUAGAGGAUCAGAGGGUCCUAAUCUGCUUCUGAGGCUUCAUCUGAGCUUUAGAGAAGAGACGCUGGGAUUUACAUUUAACUAGCGCAACUGGAAUACAGCGAUAAUGCCAUCCCUUAAGAAGAUUCUGCAUUUCAUGGGCAGUGCGCUGGUUACUGCCUGUUCUGUUGGGGUGAUGGGGUACUGCAUGUCAACAACAUGGGCUAGGACGACCAUGGAGUGCACAACAAGUGGAAGUAACUUCACCAAUGGAUCUGCUGUGGUCACGUUGAACGUUUUUGUUGGGAAUGUGAACAGAUUCUUUUGCCCCUUGUUUGGAGGUCAGAACAAUUUUGAAGUGAUUCCUCAGUUGGUAGGAACAGGAGUUACCAAUGUCGUGCUGCACGGUUUGGUUUUGUGCCUGUUGGCCCUUUGUCUGCUGUUUUCCGGCUGCAGCAUCCUUAUCUCCCUCUACAACAGUGUCAGCAACCCUUAUGAGACCUACAUGGGGCCGAUCGGCAUCUACGUCUGCAGCUCGCUCAGCGCAUGUUUGUCCGUUGUGGUCCUCAUUUUAUUUGCGGUGAACGUCACCAUGACCAGCAUGGCAGAGAAUUUGGUACAGACCUUCACCAGCAAUACAAUAGCAGACAUGAGGAACAAAACUUCAGAGAUGAAGCUAGGAUACUACCUGGUCCUCCUUUACACAGGGCUCUCUCUUUUCGCUAUUGCGUUGAUCUACUUGUAUGACCACGCAGCCUACACACAUAGGCGGGAACAGCAGAGGCCUACAGAGGACGCACCCAAGGAGAUCAUGAUGUAUUAGUGGCCUGCAAUGGAGUAGGUUUUCAGUGACAUAGAUAAAUUGCUCAUCAUAACUUUCUGGAAUAACUUGCUUUAAUAGAGAAGUACAAACAGAAAUCAACAUAAACCAAAUAAUAAAAUGUGUGUGUGUGUGUGUGUGUGUGUGUGUGUUAUGUAACUGAAACAACAGUUUUAAUGAAAUAAGUGAAUGUAAAUAAACAAUUAAGAUGAGGUUGUUCCCCUUCUUUUGUAUUUGUAUUUUUAUUUCCUUAAUAUGUGUAUUAUAUAUUAUUUUUAUUGUUUAUUGCAUGCACCAAACACCAAGGCAAAUUCCUUAUAAUUGAAUAACUUACUUUGCAGUAAACCCCCUAUUCUAUUCUGAUUAGAGGAAGAUUUUUUCAAAAACAUUACAGCCAACUUCUAUUUGUAUUUUUGUCAAUUAAUGUUCCAGGUUUACUGAAAGAAUGAAACAAGUGCAAACCAUUUGUAGUUAAUAAAUGAGUCCAAUUUUUAGGGAAGAUUAAAGGUUAAAAAUAAAUACGGGUGAGAGAGGUUGAGGAGUGAAGUGUGAGAAGGCAUAAUGGGGAUUACUUGAUCUUUGCUGCCCUCUAUCUCUGAGGAGACAUAAAUGUAAAAAGACGUCUCCUACCAAAUGUCAAGUCAACCCCUCGAAACACGAGUACAAUAAAAUGAUUGAGCGGA